UUUGGCAUCACCCCUGGCAUCCACCAUAAUGAGCGCGUAAACUGUAAAGUACCGGUUUUUCUUGUUGGUUUUCCCUCGAAAUUAUCUCAUCGUAUUUGUGUGAAAAUCGAAGAAUGGGGUCCUAUUUAUCGCAACCCGUCACCGAGAAAAUUUCUACGGACGAAUCAAACGACAAAUUGUCCUAUGGAGCGUCUUCUAUGCAGGGCUGGCGUGUAAGCCAAGAGGAUGCUCAUAACUCAAUCUUGGACUUUGAUGAGGGAGUAGCAUUUUUCGCUGUCUACGAUGGUCAUGGAGGCCACGAGGUGGCCCAAUACUGCUCAGAAAAGCUCCCAGAAUUUAUUAAGCAAACUGAGGCAUACAAAAAAAGCAACAUCCAGCAAGCCCUUAUUGAUGGUUUCUUAGGAUUUGAUGCUACAAUAGCGAAAGACGAUGUGAUCGCCAUAUUAAAGGAAAUUGCUGGAGACAAACAAAACGAAGAUGACUCGGAUCAGGAGGAGAACAUUAAUAGUUUACAUGUGGAGGCCUCAAUGCCUUUAGAGGAGGUGAUUGGCAAAUAUGCCUCCCUAGUAAACCCAAGUUUGGAUGCGUUGAAAUCGGGUGAAAAAGUGCCCAGAUCCCCAAUGAUCACCGCUAAAAAAGAUAAAUCGUCAGGCGCCGGUUCCAGCGGAGAAGCGGCCGGUAGUUCUAAAGAUAAUAAACAGGAGGCCGGUUGUAGCAGCAAAGGGGAGGGAGGCGAGGGCUCUUCUGGCAGUGGAGUUUCCAAAAGCGAGGUUGUUGCGAGUGUCGCCACCGGUGAAGUUAAUGGUGAUAAGAAGGAGGGAGAUGCAGAAGUCAAGACUGAACCAAAGAAAGAAGAAGAUCCGACAACAAACGGACCAAUACCAAAAAUCGAAGUCACUAGUGCGGAUGAAGUAAAAACCCCAACGCAAAACGGCGACUUAUCCUCCGAUGUGAAGGUUAAAGACAGUAAAGGUAAAGGCAAAGCAAAAUCUAAAAGAAAAAACAAAGAAGGCGAGAACGCUCGUAAGUCUAAAAAACGAGCCAAAACGCCUUCGCCACUAUUAAAUUCGCCGAGGAAAGAAAAGAAGGAACGACCGAAACGGUUGGCGGCCACUCUUUACAAACAGUUUUUGGAUUUCCAAGACGAGGACGAUGACAGCACCGAGGAUGAGGAAGACUCGACUUUUGUUGGGAAUGCCGAGGAAAGUUCAGACGACGAAAAUAUCGCGGAGGUUUCGCACGUAGAAGGAGAAAACUCGGAUAGUAGCGAGGAAGCGGACGAUGAGGCGGGCGACGAGGAGGAUGAGGACGAUGACGAAGAUGAUGAUGAUGAUGAGGAGGAUGAGGAUGACGAGGCAGAGAGUGAUUUUUAUAAAAAUAUGAAAGAGGAGCCCGGCUCGGACAGCGGUUGCACUGCGGUAGUUGCUAUACUUAAAGGGAAAGAGCUGUAUGUUGCGAACGCUGGAGAUUCGAGGUGUAUCGUUUGCAGAAAUGGUAAAGCAGUAGAAAUGUCCUUUGACCACAAACCAGAAGAUGAACCGGAAAAAGAACGGAUCGUAAAAGCCGGAGGAAGAGUUACCGCGGACGGAAGGGUAAACGGAGGCCUUAAUUUAAGCAGAGCCAUCGGAGAUCACGCGUACAAACAGAACAAGGAGCUCAGCGAUAAAGAACAAAUGAUCACCGCCUUUCCAGACGUGAAAACUUUAACGAUCAAUCCGGCAGAGGACGAGUUUAUGGUGCUGGCCUGCGACGGUAUUUGGAACUACAUGUCCAGUCAGGAGGUGGUUGAUUUUGUGAAGCCAAAGUUGGACGAGAACCCCGAGAAAAUCUCUACUAUUUGUGAAGAGCUAUUUGAUCACUGUUUGGCCCCAAACACGGUGGGCGACGGCACCGGCUGCGACAACAUGACCGCCAUCAUCGUCCGUUUCAAACCGAACCUGAAUAAACGACCGAUCAGCACCGAAGAAGACAACGACGACGCAGAAACGGCAACGAAACGCGUCAAAACUGACGACGCCGCCCCGCCAACAGCCGAAACGUCGUCGUCGUCAUGAAGUUUCCAAAGUGUAACCGGUCUAAUUGGUUUAUAAAUAUGCGUAACGCACGUUUAAAAGUCAAAAAGAAAAAAAUAAUUGUAAAUACGCGUUUUAAAACUGGUACGAGGAACAACUUUUAGUAAACGAACUGUUUUUUUUUUUAAUUGGUUGUAAAUCGUUUUUGGGAGCAAUAUGGGUUUAAUUGGUUUUUUUUUGUGGUCAUUGCUGUACAUUCCAGCUCGGACACCAAGUUUAUAUUAUGGUUUAUAGGCGCGUUUUAGUCGUACAUGUUUUCAACAAGUAAGAUCUGAUACACACGUGACUCCCCGCUUCCACUCAACAACAAUAACACGUUUAUUUGAUUCAUUAAAAUGGGUGCCUUCACAAAAGAGUGUAAAUAAUAUUUAAACGAAAAAGAUAACAGUAUUUUAGAGGGUUUCAGCGGUAUUUUGCACCCCGCAUGUUACACCCUAUACAAUAUUUUUUUUGUUUUUCUGGCGUUUAAGUGUUUUUUCUUUUUUUUUUAAUUUCUUUGUUAAAGCGUCAGAAUAUUUUAACGUUGUGGCUUAACAUGUUCUCGGAACAAUUUGAUGUUUUAUUUUUUUUCGUGCGAAGACAGUGGACUUUAGGAUAUUUUUCUAAGUGCAGAUUACUUGUAUUAUUUGUUGUACACUUAUAAUAAUAAAUUAUUUAGUAGAUUUUUAAUAAA